AUGAAAACGCCAUACUUUACGCUGUCCAACACCAACGAUCGCAUCAAAGGACGAGUAUUGAAGAUCAUGGAAAUGCCACAAUUCAACGAUUCUACUUCAAAGAAACAUGCUAAAGUAAUUCUCAAUACUAUUGACCUAUCAAAUUUACAUUCCAUCAACUCGAAGAUAUCUCUCCAGCAUCCAGUUCAAAUAGGAAACGUAGAUGACUCCAGUAUAUAUCAUACAACAAUUUCUUUGUACGUCAUUCUGCUGCUUUGUACGGUCACCCUUACUAUCGUACUUAUACUUCAGAAACUAAGAUCUAGAAGUGUCAAUAAAAUAGAUAUAAGCCCAGGACGAGUUCAAGAAACAUAUGAAGGAAGAGAAAUUGACCCACAUCUCAUAAGGGUCGAUCACAGCAACAUCUCGGCGUCUCUCUCGAACAAGGUUCUUCAAUAG